GAGCUCCGGAGCCGGUGGAAGUUCGGGACAACGGCGACGGGACCCACAGCGUCACCUACAGCCCCAGCGCCGUGGGGCCCUACAGCCUCAGCAUCGCCUAUGGGGGGCACGAGGACCCCGAGGGGCGGCCGACGAAGGCGUCGAUCCAGGACCACGGGGACGGGACGUACACGGUGCGCUACGUCCCCCAACUUGUGGGGCGCUACAGCAUCACCGUGCGCUACGGCGGCGACGACAUCCCCGCCUCCCCCUUCUGCAUCCACGCCGCCCCCAGCGGCGACGCCAGCAAGUGCCUGGUCACAGGCGGCCGCGCGUUCCCGACGCUGCGUCCCGGGGAUCGCACCGUGCUGGCCGUGGACGCGCGCGCCGCCGGGCCCGGCAAAGUCACGUGCUCCGUGCUCAGCCCCGACGGGGCCGAAGUGGACGUGGACGUGGCCGAGAACCCGGACGGGACCUUCCACGUCUCCUACACCGCCCCCGAGCCCGGAAGCUACGGCCUCACCGUACGGUUCGGGGGGCAGCACGUCCCCGAUUCCCCGUUCCGCAUCGUGGUGAGUGCACGGGG